AUGGAGGAUCCUGACGCUGAAGAGACGCGUCACUUUGUCGAUCAGCUUAAUGCGAUCUCGGAAUCGUUCCUAGCCAAAGCUCCAAGUCGCGAGAAGAUCAGAAAACGCGUGCUUUACCAACAGAAGAAUGUGACUGAGAAAGGUGAGGUAUUCUUGGAUCCAAAUACGCUCUCACCGGAUGGGACCAUCGCUCUCGCUGACUUGGAAUGGACAAACGAUGGUUCGCUCCUCGCGUACGCUUUGAGCGAAAAUGGUAGCGAUUGGACGACUGUUAAGGUAUGUUCAUCAUCUGUUCCACAUCUGAUUCGAGACGAACUGUUCACUCACCUCCGAGGACGGUCCUAG